AUGAAUCUUGUGCGGAAAGUUAUUUCAUGUGUUAUGGCCCCCAAAGCGAUUGGACCAUAUAGGAAAGAAAUAUAUAGCCAAGCCAUUUUCGCAGCCAAAACAUUGUACAUUUCAGGUCAGCUUGGCAUAAAUCCAGAGACAAUGGAAAUUGCCGGCCCUUCCGUCGAGCAGCAGACAGAACAGACCUUAAAGAACUUAUCCAGUAUUGUCAAGGCAAGCGGUGGACAAAUGAAGGAUAUUGUGAAGACUACGAUCCUCUUAGCUAACAUGGAGGACUUUGCAACUGUCAACGAGAUCUAUGCAAAGUAUUUCACCGACCCAUAUCCUGCUAGAGUCUGCUACGCUGUAAAGGCCUUACCAAAGAAUGCUCUAGUCGGAAUUGAGGCUAUCGCAGUUCUGGAUUUGCAGUGA